AUGAAGGUGGUGGAGCUCAAGGAGGAGCUGGGCGAGCGUGGCGAGGCCCUCUCGGGCAACAAGGCGUGGCUGCGCCGCCGGCUGCACGCCGCUAUAGCGAGCGAGGAUUUGGAGACCGCGCUGCGGGCGCCGCCGGAGAGCAGAAUAGAAGCAAAAACGCACGUCGUCCGGGUUCUGUCGUGUAUCGAGCGUGCGGGCGGCGAGGCGAGGCUGAGCCUGUGGCGAGAGCUAAGCGAUAGAGAGCAGUGCGAGAGGAGACGCGAGCCCGACGCAGUCCGGUGA